UUUUUUGUGGGUUUCACAACAGGAGGCUCCUAAUUUUCAACAAGCGGCUUCAUUGACUGUGAUGUUGCCUCCAGAAUCGGCCGCUGUCAACGACAUAGCUGUCGUUCAUCCAAUUAUCGUUUCCGGAAAUGAACCUCCGAUCGGUUACACUGCUGUGCCGAUGAAUAGAAUUCAUCCGUCGCAAUUGGGAGAAGAUCUUCCCCCUCCGAAACCGGACUUCUCUGCUCCCCCUCCCUAUGAUCUGGCCACCAAGUUGCCCUCCUAUGAGGAGGUGCAGAGAGAGAAAACACUUCAGGGAGAGUUGCCUCUUUCUCCGUUGACAGCCGUGCCCCCUCCGCAUCACCACGGACACCACCGACAGCAGACUCUUGCCUUUCUGGCGAUUGACACCGAGGGAGGGGAAGCGGACACUGAGAACCGUCUUCUAGGCACUGACUACAUUUUCUGCAUUGCUUUCAUGGUGGCAUUCCUGUUCAACUGGAUCGGGUUCCUGCUUCUGAUGUGUUUCUGUCACACUGUGGCGGCCCGCUACGGCGCACUGUCCGGCUUUGGGCUAUCGCUCGCCAAGUGGACACUCAUCGUCAAACACUCGACCGAGCUCGCCUCGCACGAGAACAGCUGGCUCUGGUGGCUGAUCAUGACUUUCGGCAUCCUCAUCUGUAUCCGAGCCAUAUUCCAGUACCUGAACAUAAAACGUGGAUGGCGUCUUCUGUCUGGUUCAGCUCAGGAGCGUCUCCUAUUCUUCUAUUAAACCCACCGCACGUCACAGGCUAACCAUUGAGCUAAACAACUACUGGAGGUAACACUUGUUGAGGCUACAGUGUAGCUAUGGUUCCAUAGAGCUAAAACAACAGGAGGUGAUACUUGUUGAGGCUGCAGUGGUCAUUAAUGGUUCCAUAGAGCUAAAACAACAGGAGGUGAUACUUGUUGAGGCUACAGUGUUCAUUAAUGGUUCCAUAGAGCUA